AAAUCAUUCUGGAGGUAUGAAGACCAUUGAAUAUUUUGUGAAUAAUGCACAAGUGGGUUAUAAAACGAUCAGUGAAAUAAACAGCCACUCAGAGAGAAUACUGCAUAGACUCUACAGGGCAAUGUUUUUAUCAUUGUGGAGUCAUUAUCAACACCAGUCAUUCAAGAACUAGUUCUACUAGACCCAAGCUUACAAUAAUGCUGAAUUAAAUCUCAGUAAUUCUGAAAUAAUUCUUGCAUCCUAUAGUCGAUGUUUGACGUGCUACUACCUUUGGUUGUUGGAUUGAUAUGGGGUAGUACAAAUAUCGCUAUGAAAUGCUACUCUAAGGCGAAACUCAAAUGUUUUGCAUUUUUUCUUUUAAACCAAAGUGCUUCUGUACUACUCAUGUUUGGAUUUAAAUAUACACAAUUAUCAAAAGGAGUGGCUAUUGCAAAUUCAACAGCUUUAUUCACAUCUGCACUCACGAGUUAUUGCCUUUGUAAAGAGAAAAUUGGUUGGAGUGGGACUGCUGGAGUUUUGUUUAUAUGCAUAGGAAUUGGACUACUCAACGACUAAUAUAUAUAUGUAAUUCUCUUUUUGAGUAAUAUGCAUUGAUUUAUAUCCUGAUAAUUGUUGAAGAUAAGAAUACUGAAGG